CCCUUUUUUCUCUUCCUCAACUUCUCCUUUUUUUCUUCUCCGCUUUUGUUUCUCCUCCUUUAUUCUUUUGCAUCCAUGCCGUUUUUGUUUCUCCUCCUUUAUUCUUUUGCGUCCGUCCAUAUUUUGUUUCACGUUAAUAUUCUAUUUUUCCUUUUUUGGUCUAAUUUUUUGUGGUUUGAUUUUUAGGACAGUCUAACGAUGGUGCUGAAGGUUACGAGGCUUUGCCCAUGGAAGAGUUGGGAUAGGCUACUAAAGAAUAAAGAGAAGGUGGAAAAACACAUUAACUUUGCAAUUUUUAUCUCAAGAACUUCAUGGGUUCAGAGAAGAUGGAAAAACACAUUAAGGUUGCAAUUUUUAUCUCAAAAACUUCAUGGGUUCAGGUUGGUAAACACAAAUGCUUUAAUUUUUGGGGGUGUUCUGCCUUUAUUUUGUUUUCUACAUGAGUAUAGGUUUUGUGUUGAAGAACAAAUUGUCAUUUUUUUCAGAAGGUGGAAAAACACAUUAAAGUUGCGAUUUUUAUCUCAAAAGCUUCAUGGGUUCAUAGAAGGUGGAAGAAGACACUGA